AUGUUUAUAGUGUUGGUCUCCCUCCGAGAGAAGGCGGGGAUAUGCACAACGCUGGCGUUUGAUGCUGCAGAGCUGAAAGCAGCGCGAGAAGCAGCAGCAAAAAACAGAGACAAAUACAUCGGCAUUUCUUCUUCUUCUUCUUCUGUUCUACCCCGCAGCAGCAGCAGCAGCAACAGCAGCAGCAGCAGCAGCAGCAACAGCAGCAGCAGCAGCAGCAGCAGCGGCGGCGGCAGGGCACACGGCGUUGCUGGAGGGCUCGGCAGCAACGUCAGACCCUCUCCCACCCUACAGAGAAACUCGGUGCUGCUGCUGCUGCUGAUGUUGCUGCUGCUGAUGGUGCUGCUGCUGAUGGUGGUGGUGGUGAUGGUGUUGGUGCUGAUGAUGGUGCUGCUGAUGCUGGUGCUGCUGGUGCUGCUGCUGCUGAUGCAGCAGAGCGGAAUCAGGGGGGCCCCCAUCAGCCUCAACAAAGGAGAAGGCAGGGGCCCCCACCACCAAGGGGGGCCCCUCUUCUAG